GCGGGAGAGCUCCGGGCCCGGCCAGCCCCGCCGCCUCCCCCGCCCGGGGCCAGGCGGAGCCAGCAGCGGGAGGAGGAGCGGGUGAGAGGUCGGCCAGCUCCGGUCGCCCACAGAGGCUGAGUCCCGGGCAGAGAGGGCGGCGGCCGGCGAUUUACUACGCUGAUUAAACCUGAACGAGCUGGGACAAGUGGAAAGACUGCUUGUCUAGGUUAAAGAAUUUGCCCAAGGUAACACACCCACUGUGUGGCGGAGCUGGAAACCGAACACAGAUCUCCUGACUCCUAUUCUGGUGUUUUGACCACGGGACCAUCUCUGCCCUACAUGUUGUAAGAGUUUGAGAGAUUUCAUUGAAAAUGACUAGCAAAACAACUAGCACAACAAACAAUAUAGCUCAGGCACGAAGAACUGUACAGCAGUUAAGAAUAGAAGCUUCUAUCGAAAGAAUAAAGGUGUCAAAAGCAUCAGCAGAUCUCAUGUGCUAUUGUGAAGAACAUGCCAGGAAAGAUCCUUUACUAAUGGGCAUACCUGCUUCUGAAAACCCUUUCAAGGAUAAAAAAACAUGCAUUAUAUUGUAGCAGAGCAGUAAGUACCUCCAUAGCUUUCCCAAGCAAAACAGACUACAAGCAAAUUAUUAGAGAAAUAACCUUAUGGUCACCUGAUAUCAAUGGUGUAAAACAGCAAUGUAUUUACUAUGUGUGUAAACGAAUUUUUAAGUUUAAGAUUUUUUUUUCUUUAUAGUAUCCUUACUGGGAAGGAAGAUUAUAAACUAAAUUAUCCUAUUUCUUGUAAAAUGGAAUGGGGUCUGUGGCAUGCAGCUGGUAAUUCUCUUGUGUUGGCUUUUAUGUCGAUAUAACUAUGUUGCUCAGAGUGUGAAAAAUCCAUGCCUCCCGAGUGACGUAGUUAUACCAGCCUAACCCCCCUUGUAGACAACUCUGUCGGCGGGAGAACUUCUCCCGUCGACAUUGUUACUGCCUCUCUGGGAGGUGGAUUAAGUACGCCCAUCGGUAUAGGAGCAUCUUCACUAAAGCGAUCUGCUGCAGCACUGUAUGUGAAGACUAGCCCUAAGGAGAGAGGCCUGGAUGAGGUGAAGGUCUUUUAAAAAAUGUGUAAUGUCUGCAUUUCAGUUUAAGGUAUUAGGCUACACAAUCAAGAUCAAAGUUGCCUGAUCUUCACCUACAGAUCAGCAAGGUAGACAAGUAAUUUGACUCUUAAUCAAGAUUAAUUUACUGUAGCUUUUUAAAAAUAGUGUAUUUGUAUUCAAUUAGUGUAUUUAUGUAUUGGUUUUGUGUGUGUGUGUGUGUGUAUAUAUGUGUUUGUGUAUAUACACAUUCCAAAGUGCAUUCUCUGACAAGACUCCUUGCAAACAACUGCUGCAAUUAUUGAUAAACUCCAUAGGUUCAUGCCUUUACCUUCAGUUAUGUCUUAACUCUUUUUAAAAGUGAAAAAUCUGUUUUUGUGUCAAGAAUCAAUAGAUUUCUGAUGAUUUAUGUAAUUUUUCAUUUUUGAGAAGAUCUAAUAAAGGAGAAUUUUAAUCCUUUUAUUCUGCCCCUCUAAAUUUUCUCCUCAAAUUAUGAUCAAUGUAGCUCCUUUAAUAGGGCUACGUAAGACUCCAACACUUUGGAACUAGCAUUUCUCUUGCCCCACUGCUAAGGUGAGGGGGAGGAUUCUAUCACUCCAAGCCACAUGGGUCACCUGUGCAAGUCUCAUUUAGGUUUUGUGCAGUGAUCCAGGAUUUGGUUCUUUUAAUAAUUGAGUUCCCCUUUUUUUAAGGAAAAAGAAGCCAAAUCCUAUCCAGAUUAUGAUCAAGCAAAUGUAAUUGGAUGGCCUUUCCAUAACAUCACUGAUUUACAAAUAGCCUAAUAAAGUUUAUAUACAAGUCUUGUGUAUUGAUGGAAUAAGUGAGUGGAAAGAAAACAAUAUUGACUUCUAGUAGGUUACCAAUGUGUUUUUGUGUGUGGGGGUGUUUCUCUAUAGCCAGCUAUACAAUACCUGAAAUUGUGAUCUUCUGUAAUGAUAUUUACAGAAAUUAUUAACCACUUUUAAUUUACUGUUUUAUGUUGCAUGUGUCUAAUUCUGUAUUAAAUUAUAUAGACACUGUUAAUAAUAUGUUAUGUUUUUAACAAACCUCCUUUCAAAAAUCUAAAUUUGAGACUUCCUGUAAGAAAAAAUAAAUGCACGGAUUGUUCUGUGCUGACAUUCAAAUUAUUUUUAUAAUUAGAAUAUUUUUCUAAUAACAAUUUCAAAACAAUCUAGAUUUUCACUGAUUUUAUUUACCAUAUUUCAGUCAUCA